UUGUCAAAUGCGCGUAUAGAGGCAAGACGCGACUUGUCUGUGGAAAAACUUUGCUUAUCGAUUACGCACGUAACACUUGCCUUCAGCUAUUACCGUGAAAAUUCCAAAUAAAUGUGCUAACAAUAUUGCUGCUAAAGGAAAAUAACAAGGAUGAUGCUGUAGUCGUGUAGCGCAGCAACGCACAAAAGCACAGUUGAAACAAAAGAGCUGCAGGGCAGGAAGUGUCAGGAAACGGGAAGCGAGCAUAAUAGCACACAGACACUGUCAGGGUUGAGUGCGCCUACAAAUGAAUCCCUAUAAUGCUGCGGUCGGUGGUGGAGGAGUUGGUGGUGCGGCCAAUCCGUUUGGCACGCCCGGCUACGUUCAGCCCCAGCAGUCGAGCAUGGGCUAUGGCUACGAGGAGCAGCCAACGGCUGGCUAUGAUCAGGGCGGAGGUGCAGGCAUGGGCUUUGGACAGCAACAGGCCCCUGGCUAUGGACCACCGGGCGCCAGGCCGCGCGUCGACGUCGAGGCCAGCGGCGAAGUGGAUCCCAACAUGUAUCCGGAAGCAAAGGAUUCAACGCACAAAGUGCGCGGCGCUUCGGGAGUCUUGGAAAUGUUCUUUGGCGGCACAGAGCAGGAGCUGAUACCGGUGAAGAGCUUUUAUUUCUUCUUCUAUGCAGCGUUCGGUUCGCUGUUCCCGCUGAUGGGCGUCUACUUCAAGCAGAUGGGCAUGAAUCCCGGCCAGUGCGGCAUACUGGUUGGCAUGCGACCCUUUGUCGAGUUCCUCUCGGCACCGUUCUGGGGCUCCUAUGCAGAUCGCUGCCGGCAGGGCAAAAAGCUGCUGCUCGCCUCGCUCGCCUGCUGGGUGCUCUUCACCAUACCGUUGAGCUUCAUACGCCCGGAGGCCGUCAACUGCAUCGAACGCCGCAAUGCCACCGACUUUGUGCUCACCUAUACGCGCACCAAGCGCGACACCUCUGCCAUGUACGAGCCGACUAGCCAGCUGGAGCACGAGCAGGCCGACUACGAUGACGAUAUGCUGGCUGACGAGGCCAUCGAGCAGUCGGAUUCGGUGUCGCGGCACAGCAGACACAAGAGAUCGCUGCUGUUGCCACGCAUCGAUGCGGGCAUAUCGCCGGUGCACAUCAACUUCGUGAGCAACUACGAUGAUAAGCACCAUCGGGAUUAUGUGACGCCCAUCUUCAGCUCCAUGGUGUACCGCACGCCAGACAUACAGAAGGCAUUCUUUCUGCUGCUGUUGGUCAUCCUGAUUGGUGAGUUCUUUAGUGCUCCGGCCAUAACAUUGGCCGACUCGGCGGUCAUAACGCUGCUCGGCGAGGAUGCGGAUAAGUAUGGACAUCAGCGCAUGUUCGGCUCGCUUGGCUGGGGAAUUUCAAUGUUUUUGGUGGGCAUCGCCCUGGAUCACUCCACCUCGUUCUCGAAUCAUCCAUGCGGCGCCGGCAACAAGGAGAAAAACUAUAAUAUUUGCUUUUCAAUUUUCUCGGUGCUGAUGACCUGCGCCAUUAUCUCGGCCUCAAAGAUCACCUUCAAGUACGAGCCCAUCGAUGAGAGCCAGCAGCAGGCUUCCGCCCAGUUUGUGGAUCCCAACAAAAAGGCCGAGGAGGAAUCGAUGAACCAGCUGGCCGCCCAGCUCAAUUUACCAUCACUGGCAGUGGGUAGCGGCAGCGCCGCUUCAGGUGCCUGCGCUGGCGGCGUCAGCAGCUUCAGUGCUGCCGGCCAUCAGCCGCAGCCGCACAUUGGGGCCGAGUCCAAGGUGUUUGCACAGACGGCCAAGGAGUUGCCCGAGUGGGUGACAGUGCUUACACAUUUCAAGGAUCUUAAGACCGCCUCGUUUCUGUUUGUCGCUUGGUUUAUGGGCUUCGGCAUUGGCCUGAUCUUCACCUUUCUGUUCUGGCAUUUGCAAGACUAUGGCGGCACGCCCACACUUUUCGGCGUCGCCUCCGUCAUCAAUCAUGUGUCCGAGAUCUUUGCCUAUUUCUUCAGCUUUCGCCUGAUCACCCAGAUUGGGCACGUCAAGGUGCUCUGUCUGGGCCUGAUCGGCAAUGUAUUGCGCUUUCUGUACAUCUCGUAUCUGACCAAUCCAUGGAUGGUGUUGCCCUUCGAACUGAUGCAGGGCAUCACACACGCCGCCGUUUGGGCCGCCUCGUGCUCCUACAUUGCCCACAACACGCCCAAGCAUCUGCGCGCCUCGUCGCAGGGCGUGCUCCAGGGCAUCCAUCAUGGCUUAGGUCGCGGCUGCGGUGCCAUCAUUGGUGGCAUGUUUGUCACCUACUACGGUACUACUGCUACCUUCCGUUGGUAUGGUAUCGCUUGUCUCUUCGUGCUCGGCCUGUUCAUCUUCAUCAACUUCUACCGCAAGGAGACGGGCUUCAUAUCGGAUAUACCCGUCACCGAGGAUCCCCAUCAGGUGGCCGAAGAAACUUCCCAUUUGGCUCCACAUGGCGUGCCCAGCAAUCCCAUACCACGGGCUCUGUCCAACACGCGAUUGAACGAAAUGAAUCCCAAUGGAGGACCCUAUGGCACCUAUCAGACCACAGGCGGCAACCUGGACAUACCCGGCGCCAGUCCACACAAUCCCUUCGCACAGUAAACCCAUGUGACUUCCCCCAGUUAACGAACAGUUCUCGCAUACAGCACACAACAUCAUAGAACAAGUAAGAGUGCUCUAGUCGGUAGUGACUGACUAGAAGAUGCCCUGUACCCAGCAUCGCGAUGCCGUAGCAAAUAUACGAGCUUCCUUUUAAAUUAUUAAAUUUAAAUUCUACUUUUAGCCCCGCACCAUGAUAUAUUCAUGCUCCAAUAACUUCUCUACUAACAGUCCGAUCGUUAUAAUAUUUUUAUAUACCUCCAAAAAUCGUCUAUUUUAUACAUUUUGGUAAAGCGGGAGCAGGUAUGAAACUAGUGUCCCUAGCUCUUAAAAGCCCCGUCUAUACAUGUAGAUGCGAAUUUCUAUAAUAGUAGAUAUCGUGUAAAACAGUGUCAGCUAAUAAUGAUCUCAAAAAAAAAAAUGGAUCAAAGUUCGUCUCCAGUUUUUGAGAUCGACGCGUUCAUAUAUAUGUAUAUAUAUAUAUAUAAUUCGAAAAUAUAUAUAGAAUUUAUGGGGUCUGCCUGUUUACAUACGCCUGCACAAAAUCAUACGACCCUUUACUUUCGAUGGGUAUAGGGUAUAAAUGGAUAUACACACAUGCAACCCAUUGUCAUAGAAUGAACAAUAUAUAACCGAAAACAUAUCUUGGACAUUGGCCUGCAAUAUUAAUUGCCAAAUACAUUGCUUUAUUAUGGGUUUUGGUGCUUUUACAUAACAAAUAUGCCAUAUAAACGAAUAACACAAAACCAAAAGAUGUAUAAAAAUAUAUUUUAUAUUGGAGGUUCAUAUACAUAAAGCAAUACAUUUGCUUUCAUAGCGCUAAUUAAACUAAUCACAAGCGAAUACUAUUUAUUUAUUAACUGUUUACCGUUGCCAUUAGUUACAGCUAUUUGCAUAAGUGUUUAUAUAGCUUAUUUAGAUCAAAGUUAGAUAAAUAACAAUAUUUUGUUCAUUUUAUUGAAAGCAAUUCAAACAUAAAUUGUUGGCCUCAUCUAAAAUAUACAUAAGCAUUUCAUAUAUAAUUUGCAUCGCAAUCAUAUCACAUGAAAGCGGAGUUAUUUAAAGGAUCACAGCACAUAGUCCUAGGGGAACCAAUGGAAAUGAAUGGCACACAUUCCAUGAAAAACACAGGAAAAACAUAACUAAAUGGAAAUUACACAUAAAGUA